AUGUCAGAAUUGCCUGGUUCCGUCACCAACCUCUUGAAAUCGACCAGAUUCAUCCAUUUGGCCACGUGCAAGGACAAUGUGCCCCAUGUUUCCCUUAUGAACUACACAUACUACCAUGGAAGUGAGGGUGACUACAUAAUCAUAUCUACCCCAAAGAAAACCACAAAGUAUGAAAACAUAGUAGCAAACCCAAUCGUGUCAUUGUUGGUACAUGAUUGGAUCUCAGCCAAGGACAACAACUCUGGAGAAGAUAAAAGCGGGGCGCCCAAUGAAAGAAGAAACUCGUUGUUCGAGAUGCUUGCUAAUAUCAAUAAGAACGAAUUGGGCCGUGUUUCGGUGAUGAUCACUGGUACCUCCACCAUCCUCGACAAGGAGAAGGAUGCCACGUCCUUCGAGUUCUAUAAGUCUUUGCACUUGAAUAAUUCGAAAAUCGACCAGGUUCAAUCGAAGAAUUAUAUUGAAUGCGAUGGAAAUGCACUUAUAGCUAUAAAAUUCGACUCAGUCAAAGUUACUGACACUGACAACAACAUAGAACUAUACUAA